AUGGCCUGUCGACACGAAGGCGAGCUCAGCGCAUUGCUCGCUCGUAUGCACCACCCGCCUGCAGCAACGCCAGUUUCCAAUCAGACUACGACCACAGCCGCUGAGAAACCGGGGCAAAGACUCACCUCAGCCACAACACGCCAGCCUAUAGCUAUUGGGAGGACGGGCAUGUACGUGUGCGACGCCUCGACCCUGAGCGGGUCGGUGCAGGUGCACUCUGUUUCGGGUACUGAGCCGGCGUCCGUAGAGUGCUGUUGGAAUGGGGUGCGUGAAAGGAAUACAGUGGAUGCCGGUAUGGGAGGCCAGGUGGAGACGGGGCAGGGGCUGUCCAGUGCACCUGGGCACGGCAGAAAGGGACUCCCUGGGUGUGGCUGUACUGCGGAGAGUAUAUAUUCGUAUGAUGCGGUGGUGGAGUUCUAUGUGGGCCAGAGUGCCACCGAAGUCUGGGCCGCAGGUGAGGCUGGCGAGGCCAUAGAUAAACUAACUAUCUCAGACGAUCCAACGCCAGUCGGUAGGGGGGCGACGGUGGAUACGGCUGCUGGCAGGGCUGCACUAACAGGCACCAGUCCACCACAUCCCAACACAGUGCGGGUGCGGCUGGUCGAAGCGAAAGCGGACGUUCAGACCCUUGAGCAGUUCUUGCGGGGGAGUGCCAUGUGGUUUGUGCGUGACGCGCUGCGGAGAGGUGGCAAGGUGUUGAUCAGCUGCCCCAGUGGUUCCGGGCCAUCGGUGAUGCUGGUGCUGUGUGUGCUGUGUGCGUACUACCACGAAGGAUAUACGGCUAUCAGACACACGUGCGAUGGGGAUGAGGAUGGGGAGGGGGAGGGUAGGCAACAGCCUGUGACCAAGGUGGAUGUCAACCAGGCUCUGAUAUAUAUAGAGCGGUUCCAUCCGGAGGUGGCGCGGCUGAAGAAGAUGUACCUCAAGAUAGCGAACCGGUGUCUUAUGUCUGCCAGCAGGUAGUAGGUAGUAUGCCCCACGUGGGUGGGCAGGCAUGUGUAUAUUGCACGCAAGUGAGUAGAUGUACUAGGAAAGAGGUUGUCUCGAGGUCUGAUUGAAACGGGCAGAGAGUGUCUCCAGGGAGAUGUACCGCAAAAGAGCUAACCGGCGUGUCUCUGCCAGC